AUGGAUUACGAGAUGGCAGCGCCAGCGUGGCGGAGUGCUUAUAAAGAGGGCCUGGAGAAGGCGAGGGAGGUGAUGGAGGGGCUAGAUACGGAGUACAACUCGUUAAAGUCACAGUGCGAUAGAAGGAUAGAGCUGGGGAUCGCGGAACGGAAGUUGAGGAAGAUAGAGAGGUUAUUUGAGAAGGAGAGGAGGCGGAGGGAGAGGGACCCGGGGUAUGUGAAACGGUUUGCGAGUGUGCUUAAAAGGAGGAUGGCGGAUCUGGCAGAAGCGGAAGAGGAGGCUUUGAGGGGGAUUGCGGAUGAGGAGGCAAGGGCAGCGGAGGAAGGGCGGGGGAAGGGCGGAAGGGGAGGAGGGGACGCGGAGAAGAGAGAGGAGGGGGGUAAGGAAGCGGGUGGGGAGGGGGAUAAGGAGGAGGCGGUGGAAAAGAGAGGAGAGGAGGGGGAUGUUGAUGAGGGGAUGGCUUUGCUGGGUGGUGGGGAGAGGAAGAGAGGGGGAGAGAGGAGGGAUGCGAAAGUGGGGGAGAAAGAAGGAGAGGGGGAUGACGGGAGUGAGGGGGGUGAGAGGGGAGGGGUAGUCGCAGGGAGUGAGGUGAAAGAGGGUUUCAAGGAAGGGGAGGGUGAGGGUGAGAAAGGGGCGGAUGGGGUGAAAGGAAAGGAUGGGGCAGGCGAAGAGGUGGGAGGGAAGGAGGAGGAAGGGGAAGGGGAGGGGAAGGAGGAGGGAAAAGAGGAGGGAAAGGAGGACGAGGUAGAGGGGAAGGAGGAGGGGGAGAAGGGGAAGGAGGGCGUGGAGAGGGGGGAGAAGAAGCAGGCAAAGCGGAAGGUGUGGACGGAGAGGAGGCUGCGGGCGAAUAAGAUCGAGACAAGUGUCAUUCGCAGCCUGCUCAGCGAUUACCAGACGGCGCUGUUUAGCGAGCCACGCAUGCCAUGUGGCGAUCUGCUCUCUCUCGCGCCCUCCCAUCUGGGCGGCACCGAUUCGGAUGAGGACGAGCACGACAGCUGGCGCGGGCCGGAGUUUGCCGCCCAGCUGGACCUGCGCAUGGAGGGCGCGAUUCGGAGCCACAGGAGCAGCAUUCUGGCAGAGAAGGAGCAGGCAGAGGAGAGGAUCCUGUGUCAUCUGGAGGCAGUGCAGAAGGCCAACGCGAAGCUCCACCAGGCGUCUGUGUUUGACUACCGUGCUGCCAUGCUGCCCAUCGUCAAGACCUUCCUGCAGAAUCGCCUCGAGCAAGCAGCGGAGCAGGACGCGCAGAAACGUUCCGACGCUGCCCAAGAGGCGUUCCUUGCUGAGCUGGACAAGCAGGGGCAGGUGGAAAAAAACCGGGAGAAAAAGAAGGGCAAGGAGCGUGCCAAGAGUGGGAAGGGUGGUGGUGGGGGAGGAGGGGCGGGGGGGGAGCAGGAGGAGGAGGGGGAGGAGGAGGAGGAGGAGGAGGAGAGGGAGAGAGUAGUGGUAGGGCUGCAGGAGCGGAAGGAGGAGGGGAGGGUGAAGGAAGAGAGGUAG